UGAUCUGAUGAUGGCUCUCGUUAUGGAACCUAUUAGCAAGUGGACGCCCAAGCAAGUAGUGGAUUGGAUGAAAGGCCUUGAUGAUUGCCUCCAACAAUACAUCAAAAAUUUUGAAAGAGAAAAGAUCAAUGGUGAACAGCUGCUACACAUCACUCAUCAAGAGCUUGAGGAACUGGGAGUCACUCGCAUUGGCCACCAAGAACUGAUACUGGAAGCAGUUGAUCUGCUAUGUGCGUUGAAUUAUGGUUUGGAGACUGAAAACCUGAGAACUCUGUCUCACAAGCUCAAUGCCUCAGCCAAAAAUCUUCAGAACUUUAUAACGGGUAGAAGGAGGAGUGGCCAUUAUGAUGGCAGGGCCUCCAGACGACUGCCAAAUGAUUUUCUUACCUCUGUAGUUGACCUGAUUGGUGCUGCCAAGAACUUACUAGCCUGGCUGGACAGGUCUCCAUUUGUCAGCGUGACAGAAUACUCACUGCUGAAAAACAACAUUGUUCAACUGUGCCUGGAACUAACAACUAUUGUGCAACAGGAUUGUACAGUGUAUGAAACAGAAAAUAAAAUUCUUCAUGUGUGUAAAACCUUGUCUGGGAUUUGUGACCACAUAAUUUCGCUCUCAUCCGAUUCUCUGGUGUCACAGUCAGCACAUCUUGAGGUAGUUCAUCUCACCAGCAUUAUGCCCAGUGAGGGCUUGGGAAUGUAUAUCAAAUCAACAUACGAUGGACUACAUGUAAUCACAGGAACAACUGAAAAUUCUCCUGCUGACCAGUGUAAGAAAAUCCACGCUGGUGAUGAGGUGAUCCAGGUCAAUCAUCAAACCGUGGUUGGCUGGCAGUUAAAGAACCUAGUAAAUGCAUUGCGGGAAGACCCAAAUGGAGUGAUUUUAACCUUGAAAAAACGUCCUCAGAAUACCCUGGUUUCUGCUCCUGCCCUUCUGAAGAAUGUGAGGUGGAAGCCUCUUGCACUUCAGCCUGUAAUUCCAACCAGUCCAACAAGCAGUUCUACAACACCAACAAGUACAAUGGGCAUAUCCUCAAAAAUGGAGAACUCUGCGCUCCAGGAUGUUUUCAUUCUGUCUCCUAUGUCAGGACUUUAUGGCCCCAGGGAUGAAAUUGGAAUAAUGUCUUGUGAUGACAUCAGCAAAUUUGGAAAGUCUGGAAUGAAAGGCUCUGAGUCUCCAAGCUAUUUUCUGGAGCAUGAAAGUGGGAAAUACUACACCUUAAUUGAAGGUGAAGGCCACCCUGUGGGCUCUGAGUAUGAGAGAAGCAGAGCUACAGGAGUGCGGAGAAGAGAAAAAACCCCCACUCAUGGGAAAACCUCUCACAAGCUCAGAGUAGUAAAGAAAAAUGUGUCUGUGAAGAACACAGGAGACUUAAGGCCUGUUUCUAUGCCUACUGAGUACAGCUGGAUAGGGGAGUCAAAAGAACAAAACAUGUACAAGAGGGGAAGCAGAGACUCUGAGAAUUCACUCCUGCGGUAUCUGAGUGAUGACAAGAUACUGGUUAUCCAAGAAGAGCCUUUGACACAAAAAGAUAAUAAAAGGGACACAGGUCGUAGGUCAAGGAAAAAGGGCAAAACCACAAGUAGUCCAAACUACCCUAUUAGUCCAUCUGUGUUGACAUCUACUAUUAACGUUAGGCUUGAACCUGGACAGCAAGAUGUUUUGAAUUUCUCACUAGCAGAAAACAAUACAGUUCCACUUUAUCAUAGAGCAGGGGACGCAGUCAGUGGAGAUACAGAAAGAUAUGCAAGUUCUGCCAUUGACCGUCAAGGAAGCACAUCCAUGAGGAAGUCAUUCCAUUACGCUUCCCUCAGGGUAAAAAGCAGAAAAUGGUCAAAAGGGAGUUCUCUAACAAGUGGGAGCAGAAGACGGAUUUCCUGCAAAGACUUGGGGCAUGGGGAUUGUGAAGGCUGGCUGUGGAAGAAAAAGGAUGCCAAAGGCUAUUUCACACAGAAAUGGAAAAAGUACUGGUUUAUUCUGAAGGAUUCAUCCUUGUACUGGUAUACAAACCAGAAUGAUGAAAAGGCAGAAGGAUUCAUCAGUUUACCUGAGUUCAGGAUAGAUAGAGCAAUUGAAUGCAGACGAAAACAUGCCUUCAAAGCAUGCCACCCCAAAAUAAAGAGCUUCUACUUUGCAACAGACUGCCUUGAAGAAAUGAAUAGAUGGAUGAAUCGUUUGGGUCUUGCAGCAAUUGGUUACACACCUGAUGACAAGGAUAUUCAUCCAGAUGAAGCAGAUUACUGGAGUGAAAGCGACCAGGAUGACGUUGACGGCUCUCUGACCCUGAAGCAGGAAGGCUCUUCAACACUCUGUGACUCCUAUCAUCGAACACCCUCAGUGAAUUCUUCAAGUCCAUUCCCUGAAGCCAAACAUGGUCGACACUUUUCAAGUGAAUCAACAUAUUCUCAUUCUUCCGCCGAGGAUUCUCGACAAGAUGUAGCAGGAAGCACACACUCAUCAGGAUGCAGACCUCCCUACCGAGAAAGACGCUCAUGGCAGGAUCUGAUAGAGACUCCAUUGACCAGUUCAGGGCUCCAUUUUCUUCAGACUGUUCCUCCAGAUGCAGAGUACAUGAGUGGUCGGCCUGGAAUGUCACCAGACAAACGAAGGCAAGCAACGCUACCUGUACAAAGGCGUCAUAAUUAUGAGCAGGAUGGGCCUUUCCCUUUGGUGGAAUGUCAAAGGGGAAAUAGCUCUCACAGCAGGCCACAGAAGCAACGUAGUCAAAGCCUUCCCCGAAACAGAGAUGUCAGGGGUAAGGGACGUGUAAAGUCCAUAGAAGGAACAGAUGACAAGACAGAAGAGAAAGUUCCUGUUAGAAGGCAUAACAGUUUCUGUACAGAAGAAAACGUAAAAGAAAUUGGAGAAAAUACAGAUGGUCUGCAAGAGCUAUACAAAUCUCUGGAACAAGCUAGUUUGUCGGCUUUUGGAGAGCAGCGUCCCUCCACCAAGCAGGAGUUCCGCAAGUCUUUUGUAAAGCGAUGUAAUGAUCCAGUUAUCAAUGAAAAGCUUCACCACAUCAGAGUUCUCAAGAGCACUUUAAAAGCGAAGGAAGGGGACCUCACAGUUAUCAACAGCCUCCUGGAUGAUCCCAGCUUAACAUCAAAGAAGUUUAAAGAUUGGAAACUAAAGAACUAUGAGUUUUUCCUGGACAUUUGUGAGUACAGUGCCGCUGUGAAAUCUCAAAAUGGAGCCUCUGAACUCGCAACCUCAGCACCAAUGCUGACACAUACACACUCGUUCAUUGAAACUCAUGUGUGACUGGACUCAUAUCCUGAAUAAUUGCUGGGUGCCAUGACAAAUUGAUUAAGACAAACACUGUAAUAUUUAUUGAUGAUGUACUCAGCAGUACUGUACAUAAGUUGGGUAAAAGAAUAGUGCCACAGGAUGCCUACUACAUUGCAUGAUAAGACAAUAAUAUACUUUAUGAAUUUUUUUGUUUGCUGUUACCAACCGAUGUCCGUAUCAAGCUCUGCAUUAGAAAGAAGCAGUGCAGAAGUGUAACUGAAAAUAAAUACCAGUAUAUUUAAAGUACUGUACUAAAAAUAAGCUUACAGUAUGAGCUCCUACAAUCAUUUUAUAUAUUUAGAUAUAUAUAAAGACAUAUCUAUGUAUAUAAAAUGUAACAUGGUAGUUGACAUUUACUUUUAAAAUGCCCUAAAGUUCACAUUUUCGCGCAUCUCUUUCUUGAGAAGAACGUAAAAUGAAAACAUAAAUACAUUGGCCACUCUUAGAGAUGAACGUUUAUUUUUGCAACAUUUCCAGGUAGUGACCAUCUUUGCAAAUAAAAGGACAGAGUUAUCAAAGUGUAAACUCGAUCCCUAUAGUGUGCCUUAAAAUGUACACUGUACAUCUAGCAAAUAGAUCCCAAUCUGGCCCUAUGGGCAUACUGUACAUGCCAUUUAGAUACCGUGUUUGUAACAUACUGUGCCUGCCUUUAAAAUGAAUGAAUAUAAGCAAGCAGGUAUGGCACAGAGGUUCAGAUAGGAGUAGAACAAUGUUGGUUGUUCACUAAUGCUGCAACUUAAACUGAUUUUAAUAUAAUUUGAAGUAUAUCAUGGUGAAAGAAAAACAUCUGCGCUGAAUAUGGUACAUACUGCAGGUUUUCCUAUUUUCUUCACUGUGAAUUUAAAUGACACAUGACUGUGAGUCACAAAAUUCAAAAAAGCUCUGAUGCUUCAAGGAUGAGAAUUAAGUGGAAAAAAUCCUGAACUAAUCAGUUAAAUUCUGUAAUAGACUGACAUUUAGAGCUGAGUAAAUUAUUCAGAAUUAUAUAAUGUCUGGCAAUAAUUUUUAACUGUUAGUAGUACAUUAGCAAGUGGGUGAAGUUAUUCAAUACAUCAUUUGAAAACCAAUCUGUAUUGAUUGGUUUGGGAAGACACACAAGUUACAUAGUGUAUUUCACUUCCUUGCCUGGACGAGAAUGAUUUCUAAGAAUCAGAUUUUGGAGAAAAUACUUGUAUUCUUGGGGGACAAAAAAAAAAAAAGAUUGCUCUGAAUGCUACUGAACAUAAUUUCAAACACCUGUUCACAAUUUCCUUUGACUAUGCUUGCUAUAGAAUAUUUCUACAAAGCAGAACAAAGGGGAUGUGAAUACAGUUGAUGUCAUUUCACUUAAACACAGAUAUUCACUGAUAUUUUUUUCACAAGAUAAACCUAGUCAUCUCUCAUACAUCGAGAACUGUAAAACUCAUACAGUUCAAUAUAAUAUAGGAAAAAAUGUUAUCUCAAUGAGGUCCUGGUAUCCAGGAAAAGAUGUAAUUAUUCACAAAGGCAGAACGAGGUGAAGGUAUCCUGUUUGUUCAGUUCAGCCUCCACAAAGCAGCUGUGGUGGGCUGGCUGCCAGAUGCCCACCAAGAUGCCCUCACUCCUCCUCCUCAACAGGACAGGGGGAGAAAAUAUGAUGGAAAAGCUUGCGGGUUGAGAGAAAGACAGAGAGAUCACCUACCAGUGACCACCAUGGGCAAACCAGACAUGACUUGGGGAAAAUUAAUUUAAUUUCUUGCCAAUUAAAAAUACAGUUGCAUAGUGAGAAACAACGAUAAAGCUAAAACCACCUUUCCCCCCCCCCCCGCCUUCUCCUGGGCUCAAUUUAAUUCCCUCAUUCCCAGCUUUUCUACCUCCUUCCCUCCCUCAGUGGCACAGGAAGAUGAGGACUGGGGGUUGCAGUUGGAUCAUAACACCUCAUCUCUGCUACUCCUUCCACACACUGUUCCCUUGCUCCAGCAUGGAGUCUCUCCCAUGGGCUGCAGUUCUUCAAGAACUGCUCCAGCAUGGAUCUUUUCCAUGGGGUACAGUCCUUCAGAAACAGACUGCUUCAGCAUGGGUCCCCUGUGGGCUGCAGCUUCUGCUGGAAAACCUUCUCCUGUGUGGGCUCCUCUCUGUGGGCUGCAGGUUCUGCCAGGAGCCUGCGCCAGUAUGGAUAUCUGCUCAAGCAUGGUCCUCCAUGGGCUGCAGUAUUGAUAUCUGCUCAGGCAUGGGACUCCAUGGGCUGCAGGAGGACAACCUGCUUCACUGUGGUCUUCUCCACAGGCUUGCAGGGGAAUCUCUGCUCCAGUGCCUGGAGCACCUCCUACCCCUCCUUCUUCACUGACCUUGGUGUCUGCAAAGUCAUUUCUCUUACAUUUUUCUCCCUCCUCUCUCUCACAGCUGCUGUGCAGCAUUUUUGCCCUUUCUUAAAGAAGUUGUCACAGAGGUGCCACCAACCUCCCUGAUGGGCUCAGCUUUGGCCAGGAGCGGGUCUGCUUUGGAGCCAACUGGAACUGGCCAUGUCCAACACGCGAGCAGUCCCUCAUCUUUUCUCAGAGAGGCCACCGCUGCAGCCCCCCUUGCUACCAAAUCCUUGCCAUGUAAACCCAAUAUAGCAGCUGAAGAAAUACAAUUCAGAUUUGGCUUUCACUCUCAUUUGCGCUGGCAUUUACCUGCACAGUAGAUGCAGUGAUUAAACAAAUAAUACCCUAUAAUAAUAUAAGAUGUUAUUACUAGAGAAGUAUUACUGACAGCUGUUUUGAGUUCUUUGCAUCACACAAGCAAUUGAGUCACAGCAUCAUUGCAACAAAUGCAUGACAACGUUUGGAUAAAACAUCAACAUGAAGGCAUGUUUGGUCUGCUUCAACAAAGUCAUCAACUCUAUGCUUAAGAAUCACUGAGGACAAUGGCUCCUUAAAUGCAUGCAUCGGAGCUUAAUCAUAUUUCCAUUGAGGUAAAUAGCUAAACUCCAGUGACUUCAGAGAGCAGGAUCACGUUGAAUGCGUUUUGCUUGAAUAUUAAACAUGCACUUCACUCUCUGUCUAAGCACCUGAGGUAAUAAAAAAGAUACAGGAAACAGCAACAAUUUGACACCACAGGUUUCACCAAUAUCGGAGUUGCAGGAUUCAUGCAAAUAGUGAACUAAAUCAAAAUUUACUAUGUGAGCAUUGUAGCUACUAGACAACUAAAUAGCGGAAGCAUUGAUAGAAUGUGCCUAGCCUUUUUUCGUAUGUCAUAUCUAAGAGUUAUAUAUUUCACUAUUUUUUAAUACUAUCUUUCAUACAUUGUAGGACAAAUAUUAUGCAGUGAAGCAAGAAAUGGGGUAAAUUAUAGAAGCCAUUUAGAAACCAGUUCAUACUGUACGUGCAAGCAGUGAUAGAUGGUCACAGGGUCAGUUAAAUGGAUUGAACUUUCUAUAUUCAUAAAGAAAUCUAAACAUGCCUUUUGUUUCAAACCUAAAAGAAGGUUAGUGCUUUCAUUAAAAAAGAUGGAUAUGAUUUUAAUAUAGGUUUCAAAAAGGAUUUCAAAUGCCACUGUAUUGUAACUCAAGACAGGAAUGACAAUUGUCCACUGAACAUAUUCAAUGAAGUCCCUAGUAAACAAUGAAACAAGCUAUUUCUCUUCUAAAAGGCUACUUACAGAUACAGCUGAGAAUUACAAAUGUCAUUAGGAAGAUAUAUUUCUCAAAAAUAACAAAUAGUAAGAAAAAUAGACAAUCUCAAUUUUUAUUUCUUGAAGUUAAAAGAAGUAUUUCUGAAAUUCUUUGCUGUUGAGUUCAUCAAGGGAAAUAAAGAGCACCACUACUAUACACUUAUUAACCUACUAGAUAUCCUGCCUGAAUGCUUAGAUAAAACUUGGUUCAUAACAUACACAACUAUACAAAGAGAUUGUUUGGAUGUGGUUUAUUAAUUUGGUUCUUAUUAGUGUCUUCAUUCAGAAUUCCUGCAGGUAAAACAUCACUCAGCCAGCAGACUUUCUCUGUGACUCUACAAGCUUAGUCUUUUUGUUACUGGCUAUUUUUUAUUAGAACUGAUUUAAUGCUCCCCCUAAGCUACUGAUUCCCCUCAUUUUCUAAUACUAUUCUGUGUUCAGUGAAAUCUCGCAUCUUUGAAAGCUAUCUUAGUAGCUAUUUCAGCAGCAUCUGGAGAAAAUGGAGACCUUUUUCUUAGUUUCAUUAAUUUAAGUGAAAACUUCCUUGAGCUUACUCUAAUUAAUAUGAACAAGAAUCAAAGGAGGAGGAGGAGGCUCUCAUCAGUCUGUAUGUGCACAUUCUUUAAUAUAAAUAAUGCAGAAAUUCUGGGCCCACGCUCUGUGACAGCACAGGUAGGAUUGAUUAUAUUUGCCCUCACAGUAAUCAGCCUGCGUUGGAUUGUACAGGGCGUCUUUACCCUCCAAAACACAGGAGGUUCCUUCACUUCAUUGGCAAAAACCACCCUGCUGUUUUUUAUCAGCUUCUGAUACAGUUCUACUUUCUCAAACACAUCAUGAGCACUUCUUGAAAUGCUUUAGCACCAUAAGGAAAGAUGGAUAGAAGAUUUCACUUUGAAUGUUAAUAGGACUUCUGGAAGAAAAAUGAAGAAUCUAGUAGAAAUCGUUUAACUUAACACAAAUCUGAGGAGAACAAAGAAAAUUCUUGUAUCUCGUAUCUUUGUCUAAAGUAAUACAAACCAGACCUAAGUCCAUCGCAUACCUUAUUCCCCAUAUUCUUUCAGCAAGUAGUCCUACUUGUCUUCCAAAGUCAUAAAAGCUGCCUUCUCCAAAACGAAAACCAAGUGGUACUUAUGACCGAGGGGCUACAUCCAGGGGCUGUUGGCCCUUGAGGUGGGACAGCUCUGCCAGGCAGGGCUAUUUCGUGGUAUUUCAUCAACAGUUUGGACAAACUCUUCAUGCCAAAGUGCUUCAAAGGUGGGUUGUUAAAACCGAUCCUUGGCUAAGGCAAGAUGCAGCACAACUCAUAACAAAACUUCAGCCCAAUCUGCAAUGCCUGUCAGCUACCCCCAGAACUGUACUACAGAGGAUGCCCUCUGUACAGUUCUUUUUGCAGCAUAAACACUAAAUCUGUUAGCAUUAGCAAAUCUUGUAUCUCCACAGAGAUCCCGCCUAUGGUCUCUGGACCCAGUCCUGGAGAGAUUCCUUAAGAGAGAGCACAGGUCUGUCUGUAUUACGGGGCCUGAGCCCUGAAAAUACUAUUUAUAGUACAGCCAAGUUCCUGCAGUGUAAGCUUAGAGAGAAAUAAGUGGUAACUUGGUCUCAUAAAGGAUUUUUUUCUUUCUCCUUAGUUUUCACAAUUGGUAAAUUGUGCAUUUCUAGGGAGGACAGAAGGGUGCAGGUUGU